AUGUAAUUGGUGAUAAACUAAAAAUAUCAAAUUUGGCUGCUAUCUGAUUUUAAUAAAUUUUCGUCUUUGAAAGAAACUAGGAGAAUAUAUAAAUAAGAUUAUUUGUUUUAAAUUUGCUUGUAAUAUAUUAAUCAUAUAUCUAGAUUCAAUUAUUAGAAAUAACUAUAUGUAUUUAUGAAGUUGUGCAUUGUGCUCAUGUUAAAUAUACUAUCUAAUAGUACAAGUAAUACUCAUAUUUACAACAAAAGAGUUAUGUAGAAAUUAUUUUUGAUAAUUGAUAGAUUAGACAAGAGAAAGUUGAAUUAUUCGAUCAUAGCUAGAGGAUAAGUAAAAUGA